CUCCGCCACGUGCUGCGGCGCCCCCGCCUUUCCCCCCCUCCUCUCCCUCCGCCGGGUCCCGCGGAGCCGUUACCUGCGGCGGGGCUGCGCUCCCCGCCCCGAUGCGCAGCCGAGGCGCCCGCACCCGGCCCGGCGCAGCAAUGCUGAGUGACAAUAACUCUGUGAAGCUGAAAAGUGAUUGCUCGCCUCCUGUGCAAUGGUGUAAGGUGGCUGCACAUGAAGAUGAGAAGACCAAGCUGGUUUUUAAAAGGUACUCGCAAACUUCUUGCACUGUUUGUGGUUGGAGGGUGUUUCCUUUAUAUCCUCAAGUUACAUUUUGGCCCUGAAGAAUGUGACAGAACAAAAAUGCCAUAUGUGGACCUCGAGCGUGUAAGGAGAGCACAACAAUAUGCCAGAGCUGUGUUGCAGGAGCAGUGCCGACCUUCUUAUGUAAAGAAAGAAAUGGGGAAGUUGUUUGCAGAGAAAUACAGCAUGGACAUAUCUCCCUUUGUAAAGAAAAACAUAAACGAAGAUGAAGCUUUAUUUAAAUAUGAACCCCCUUUUGGAUUCCACAAGUUCUUUGAUAAGCUUAAAAAUCUCCUUGAACUCUUACCUGAGCAUGAUUUACCAGAAGAUUUGAAGUCAAAGCACUGUAAGCGUUGUGUGGUUGUUGGCAGUGGUGGAAUUCUUCGUGGAUCAGAACUGGGUCACUUACUGAAUCAGUUUGAUAUUGUUAUAAGGUUAAAUGACGCACCAGUUCAAGGAUACACUGAUCACGUUGGUAACAAAACUACUCUCCGGAUGACUUACCCAGAAGGAGCCCCUCUCUCUGAACACGAGUACCCUCCUGCUAGCUUGUUUGUGGCUGUUCUGUUUAAAAGUGUUGAUUUCAACUGGCUUCAGGCAAUGGUUAAAAAUGAAACCUUGCCUCUGUGGGUGAGACUCUUCUUUUGGAAGGAGGUUGCAGAGAAAAUUCCUUUCGCAUCAAAGCAGUUUCGGAUUCUGAAUCCAGUCAUCAUCAAAGAGACAGCUUUGGACAUUCUACAGUUCCCUGAACCUCGAUCCAAAUUCUGGGGUUGGGAUAAGAAUGUACCUACAAUUGGGGUCACAGCAGUUGUUCUGGCCACGCAUUUAUGUGACGAAGUGAGCUUAGCAGGAUUUGGCUACGACCUGGAUCAGCCCAGCACACCUUUGCACUACUACAACAACCUCUGCAUGGCUGCCAUGAACGGACAAACUAUGCACAAUGUGACGAGCGAAACCCAAUUCCUGCAGAAACUGAUCAAAGAAAAGGUUGUCAAAGACCUCACUGGUGGCAUACAUUGUGAGUUCUGUGGCACAGACAGCUAGUGAUUGAAGUGCAGCGUGGUUUGGAUGUGUUAAACUUCCCGAGGUGCAGCUGGAACAACCUUUUCACUGUCUUUAGGUCUUUGAAGUGUGUAUAAACUGGAUGUGGAAUCUCUGCUGCCUUUUUUUUUUUAUGUCAUUUUGUUGGACUUUUAAAUUUCUGUCAGAUUUUACUUUGCACAUUUUUUGUGAAUAACCGUGUAAAUACAACUUGGAGUUCAAAGAGAUUCAUUUAAAAUAUUUAAUGUUUUAAGUUGUCUGAAGAAAAGCAGAGGUUUUUGUUUUCAGCUGUAUAUAGUACGCACAAUGCUAAGCCUGAGUUGUCUAACAGCAUACAAGAGGGUUUUCUCCACUGAACUACUGUCUCUGUUGAUCCAGUUCUUGGUGUCUGACUCCUUUUCAUGCAUGCCAUGAAAAGAAAGGUGAAUGCUUCUCAAGUCUCUCA